CCUUCUUCUGGAGCGAGCAGACAAACAGCAGCAGCAGAUACAGACCACCCACACGCACCUCCAUCCAUCCAUCCAUCCAUCAACACAGAGAACCACAGCAACCAUGUCUGGAGUUCAGUCUGCCGGCGUUCAGAGGCUUGUGGAGGCGGAGAAGGCGGCCGCAUCCAAGAUCAAGCAGGCCAGGAACGAGAAGGCACAGAUGAUGAAGCAAGCAAGGACAGAGGCACAGAAGCGCAUUGAGGUCAUUCGCAGUGAACAGGAGAAGGCAUAUCAAGAGAAGGUGCAUGCACGGGAAGGCAGCGGCAACGUGGACACAGCCUCCAUCAACAAGAACACGGAAGAAAAGCUGGCAACCCUCAAGUCCAACGUCGAGCAGAACAGAGGCGACGUGAUUGAGAUGCUGCUGGAUGCCGUGUGCAAGGUUGAGGCCCGCGUGCACGAGAACUUCAACCCCAAGUAGACGGCACAUGCAUCCAUUCUUUCAUCCAUUCUUUCAUUCAUGUGUGCGCGUGAGUGCGCGUGUGCAUGAAGCCGUCCCUCCCAGGUCCUUGUGGGAUGCAACACAUGUGUUUGUUCACCUGUACCGCCCCCUCCCACCUGCGCUUGGUUUUGUCGCAUCAUCAGUGCACCGCGUUCGUGUGUGCGCUGUGCCCCACCCCAACCUCCUUUUAGGCUGUCUUUUGUCGUGGUGACAGUUGUUGUUGCUGUUGUUGUUGCUGUUGUUGUUGCCGGAGUUCCGUGUUGUGAUUUUACUUCGUCCUUGUUCACUUGCGCUUGUAUUUGUGUGUGUGUGUGUGUGUGGUUUACAUGUGUGUGUGUACAUGUGUUGUUGACUCAGCUUCACUUUCGUUUACUCAAACCAGUUUUGUCACGUGACCUUCGUAGGUGUGUGUGUGUGUGUGUGUGUGUGUGUGCGAGACAAUGAACAAUUCUCCACCAGGUUGUCAUCACACGCGAAUGAGCACAUAAACAAAGUGCAGCACCCACUGCCACAACUCCCACA